AUAUAUAUAUUUGUAUGGAACGAUGUUUUUAAUGGUCCUUAACUUAGCAAAACUGUCAGCGCCAAGUACACCCUUCCGAUCAGAAUGCUAUAUUCGAAAACCGGGCCUGCUAUUUUGUUGAGCUUUUUCGAAAUACACACGUUAUAGUAACCUACUUUUGAACCACCCCCUAAUCCACUGAUAAAUCAACGUACCAUUUUAAGUAACUACCCUGAACCGCUGCACUCGUUUAUCGUUAUCCUACCCAAUAACCUCUUAGCUACUUUCUCUAAGUACCUUUAUUGAUUGGCCUGUUAACAUUUGAUCGUUUACUAAGAGGAAAGGAUCGUCGAUAACCACUUGAUACACGAUUGGAUCUGAUUAUAGCUUGCCUCUCUUGGUCAAGACAAGUCAGUGUUUUUGCUGUUCUUCAGACAGCUCUGAGUAGAAGUAGCUUUCUUUUUUAGUGCCUGAAAGAAUUAGCCGAGUGGCCUUUUGCCCUCACAAUAUCAAUCAAUUGUAUUGAAAGGCAUCAGAAGUAAAGGUUAGCGGUCGGAUUAAUGAUCAUAUAUUACCGUAUGCUGUUUAAUGAAGAUAUUUGUGUCAUUGUACUUGAUACUCAUCUAAUCUAUGUAAGCAGGGCUCUUUUUAUGUUAACGUCAGUGUGGCUAUGAUUGAAUCAUUUCUGAAGCGUUGUCCUAUAGUUGUUAGUUGACAGCGAUCCAUUUAUGUGCGACAGCGAAGCCAAUUUUUAAUAGAUAUCAUUAAUAUACAGUUUGAGAAUUAAAUAGUUACAUUGGAGUGAAAAACCAAAAUGGCGGACUUACACAGACUUGACAGUUGUUAUAAUUCUUUCAAAAAUCAUCACACAGUGUUCUUAGUGGUUAUAUGGGAAAUCUGAACGUCGGUCGUUGACGGAAAUAUUUGUAUACAUCGCGCCAUUUGUAUUGGCUGGCGUUACAGUUCCCGGUUUAGGAGAAGGUCCUAAAGCUAGGAGAAUUCUCCAAAUCAGGAUACUGCAAAUUAUAUUGUUAUAAAGCAAAGUUUGGAGUACGUAUGGGUUAUUGAAAUUAGCUUGAUAAUGCUUUAUAACGACUACAGGACAAAAUAUUUAAAAUAUGUCGAUGCUACAGUGUGCAUAUUCCUAUUUAUUAUUUAACCUAUUAGGCCUUACCAUUAGUUUUUUAAUUGAAAGCGCCACAAAAGUAGAAAACCUAGGUAGAGAAUUUAGAAGAGGGUGCAAAUGUUCCGAUUUGUCUUUAUUCAUAUGACUCUAGACUAUUUCACUCAGAGAGAGAAUACUUACUGAUUAAAACGUGAACGCAACUAUUGUCUCAGGUCACCUCGACCUUAUCAGCACAUAACCAAAUAUCGCAUCUCUGGUAAAAAUUGAUGGUUCUUUGAUUUUAUCAGAACGAUGCUGGUUUAAUCCGUUGCGAUAGUUUCCGUCAUUUUUUUUCCGUAUAAGUACGGGGAUACUUGUUGUUGUAGGUUCGAUUUGCUAUUUGAUCUUGUGUAUAUAUAGGUGAUUAGGCAUUCAGCUAGUAGGACAUAGUAAUUGUGGCCCUAUUAUCAGGUCAUAUGCCGCCGUUUGUGAGGUUUGCCUGCCAAUUGAUGUGCUAAACUUCGAGGCAGCUCUUCAAUCUGACUUCUACUUUUCCCAUAUCUGUGUCCAGCUGCACUCUGGAAUAACAGCAGGUUUGUUAUCUCGAACUUUUGCUUACAUUGCUCCCCUUCCGUCGCAUGAGAUCCGUAUUCUCUAUCGUUAUAUCUUAUGAUGAUUGAACUCGACGACGCUUGCGCACACUGCUAAUAUAGUUGCACUGGAGUAGAGAGCUGUGCUAAAAGCUAAUCACAACGGUGGCUUGAAAGGGAUGCAUUCGUCUCUGUUAAAAGAUGGCGAUGGCGACAGCUUUUCGGACACCGUUGACCUUUUUGGGGGAACGCAUACGCAGAAAUUCGGCGCGGCUGCUGCGAACCGAGCAUCGCAAGAAGAGAUGCUCACGAAAGUGAAAGUUCUUUCGCUCAAUCUAUGGGGACUAGUCUUCGUUUCAAAGCAUCGUCGAGACCGUGUAGAUGCUCUGGCAGAGCAACUGGCUUUCCGUGAAACUGACUUCGACUAUGUCUUUCUACAAGAAGUAUGGAGUGAAUCAGACUACCGAAAAAUCUGCGAAGCGACAAAGCUGGUUUUGCCGUAUACGCAUUACUUUUAUUCGGGGGUAACAGGAUCAGGUGUAUGCAUUUUAUCGAAAUGGCCAAUAAUUGACAUUUUCGCAUACAAAUAUAGCUUAAACGGAUAUGCUCACAAGUUCUACCAUGGCGAUUGGUUUGGUGGAAAGGUGGUCGGCAUGGCGAAGGUACAGCAUCGAGAUAUGAUUGCCAAUCUCUACGUGACGCAUCUGCACGCCGAAUAUGAUCGGUUACAGGAUAUUUACCUUUACCAUCGGGUUUCACAAGCCUUUGAAUUCUCUCAGUUUGUUUCACACACAUCUCUCGGCAGCUGUGACUAUGCCAUUAUCGCCGGUGAUUUCAAUACGCAACCGAUGGAUCUGCCUUACCAGGUCAUCUUGUACAAUUCACGACUUCGCGACUCAUUCGAGGAGAAGGAACACUAUUUUGGCGAGAGUUCUAUAGGCGCCACUUGUGGACAUCCGGCGAACUCGUUUACAAAUAAGGCCGAUCUUAAAACUAAUCCCAAUGGCCAACGGAUUGACUAUAUCAUGUAUUCGAACGGCACUGAUCGAGUCUCCGUUAACUGUGAAAAGUACGCCUCUCCGGUGUGGAAAACGCAGUCCGGUUUCACUGUGUCCGACCAUGAACCUGUCGUUGCGGUGCUACGCAUCGUUAAGCGGCUCGAUGUCGAUUCGAAUAUGGAUUUCUGCAGCGAUCCUAUGGUGUUUGUGAAUUUCCUCAAUGACGAUCGCUACAAUUUGCGAAUCACGUGUUUAGAGAAUAGUGUAAGACUCAUGGACAAGACUCUGGCGACGCUUCGAACCAGCCGAAUGUUCUUCAUAGGCAUCGCCUGCCUCCUUGCUGUGCUGCUCAUCGCGUCAACCCCAAUCGAUCUUUAUGUAGAGCAUAGUACGUACCUCAUACUACUGCAUAUGCUACGUGUAGCUCUCACGCUUGGCAUUGGAUUCUGCUUGUUGAUGGGUUUCUUCUGGAACUCGAUGGAACGUUCGUCAAUCAUCUCAUCUAAACAAGCUAUGGACAGCCUGCUAAACUUCCUUCAUGCACAGUCGAGCGCUGCAGAGAAACGCCAAAAAGGACAGGAAACCACAGGCAACUUUACUGAUAUUGAGCAGACAACAACAACAACAACUGACGAAAUUUGACUAAAGGCCACUCUUUUGAAAUGUGAGCUUAAAAUUGAUGCCAACGUGCGGAGAAGCCUUGAGAUAGAAACUGCCAACGAUUGUGGCGACGAUGGGGUCCGGGCUGACUGUGCCGACGGUGCAGUCCGCGAACGGCGUCCGUUGAGAAAGGCUGGCACACCUAAUGCUUGAGAGAUCGUUUCGUGAAAGCCCUUCCAAGUACGGCUUAUUUUCGCGGCACCCGACCGCGGGCGAAACCGCUGGCUGUGAACAUGGAAACUGUUGGUUGUAUGGACUGACGAACAAAAAUUUUCUCUCUUAGCCACUAGAAAUCUUCAGUCUGAUCUACAUGCAUAUACCUUCACAUCGUUGUAUUUGUAUAGCAACACGUAUACAGAAACGCAGUUCAUGACAAAAGCAACAACAAACCAACAUUCAACUUAGGUUUCGUAACUGAGAUUAUAAAUAAAAACAACGCAAAAUAUUUUAAAUCGUUUUUGCAGUCACAUAUACGUAAUGUCUUCAUCCCAAACCUGGAUGAAAAAAUAUAGAAAAGUAUGUGUCUGACUAGUCUCAGGCACUGUAUUCGAAUACGAUAUAUAGUAAUAAGCCCACUGCAAAUUGCCAUCUGUUAGGCGCAUCUGGUUAUAUUGCCGAAGUACGAAUAUAUAUGAUGCUCGAAUUAUAGACUUUUAGGACCUUUUAGAGCUAGGAACACGCUCAAUCGUGGCGAAAAUCUGUAAUUAUGUAGCAAUAAUGUUGUGAAAUGUUUUCGUGUGAUUGCAGUUGCGUGCUAUGUAACUGGCUAAACAUGCUCAAUUAUUAUUAUUAUUAUUACUGCAAUGUUUAAAAAGUUUCACAGAUACAAGAGUACAGGUUCUUUAAGUAGACAAUAAAUUUAGCCAAAUAAUUAAACUACAAGUAUAUUCGAAAAAAAAAUAAAAG